AUGAGCAGUCGCAACAAUCGCAUCGUGUCCGCUACCGAGCAGGUGCAGACCCCGUUCAAGCUGUGGGGUGGCCGUUACUCCAAAGCGACCGAUCACGUCCUGUCGAAGGUGAACAACUCGCUCACGGUGGACAAGCGGCUCUAUUCGGAGGACAUCGAUGGGAGUAUCGCGUACGCGAAGAGCCUGGCCGAGGCGGGCCUGCUCACGCAGAGCGAGUUUAAGGUGAUCGUGUACGGGCUGGACGCGAUACGGGAUGAGUGGAGCAAGGGCACGAUCAAGCUGCUGCCGCGCGACGAAGACGUCCACACGGUGAACGAGCGCCGGUUGUUCGAGAUCAUUGGACCGCAGAUCGCGGGCAAGCUGCAUACGGGGCGCAGCCGUAACGAGCAGGUCGUCGUAGACAUGAAGCUGUGGAUGCGGAAUGCCAUUGCCGAUCUGCAGCGGCUGCUGCUGGAGCUGGUGCGCGCCAUCAACGAUGUGGCCGAACGGCACAUUGAGGUGCUGAUGCCGGGCUACACACACAUGCAGCGGGCCCAACCGGUCCGCUUCAGCCACUGGUUGCUGAGCUACGCGUUCUACUUCAAGGAAGAUUUCGACCGGUUCGAAGAGUUUGGCCGGCGCAUGAACGUGUUGCCGUUGGGCAGCGGUGCACUGGCGGGCAACCCGUUCAAUAUCAACCGCCACAAGCUGGCGGCCGAUCUCGGGUUCGACGGUGUGUCACACAACAGCAUGAACGUGGUGAGCGACCGGGACUUCGUGGUGGAGUUCAACUUCCUGUGCACGCUCGUGGCGGUACAUAUGAGCCGGUUGGCGGAGGACCUGAUCCUCUACUCGACCAAGGAGUACAACUUCAUCGAGCUGUCGGAGGAGUACACGACGGGCAGCAGCUUGAUGCCGCAGAAGCGCAACCCGGACAGCUUGGAGCUGAUACGCGGCAUUACGGGCCCGGUGUUUGGGCAGCACUGUGCCAUCCUGAUGACGCUGAAGGGUUUACCGUCGACGUACAACAAGGAUCUGCAGUGUGACAAGAGCGGGAUGUUCGGGGUGUACGAUCAGAUGCAGAUGUGCCUGCUGCUGAUCGGUGGCAUCAUCCAAACGAUGCGCGUCGAUGAGGAUCGGUGUCUCAGCUCGCUCGGCUACGAGAUGCUCGCCACGGACAUGGCCUACUACCUCGUGCGCCGUGGCAUCCCGUUCCGGGAGGCCCAUCACAUCUCCGGCGAAGUGGUCGCCCACUCGGAAAAGGUAAAGAUCCCGAUCAACAAGCUGACGCUGGAGGAUCUGCAGGAGAUCAGCCCACACUUUGACGAAACGAUCAGCCGGAUCUGGAACUACGAGAACAGUGUGGAACAGUACACGGUGGUCGGUGGCACAUCGCGCCUAUCGGUGCAGGAACAGAUCCGGGUGUUGCGUGCAUUCGUCGAUGGGCAUGUACAGUAG